AUGAAUCAAGUGAAUGCAUUGCAUUUGAAAAAACUCAUGUUCCUUAAGGGCAAAAAUAUCCCAAGGUCAACUGUCGAUGGAGGGUUGCAGAGUAACGAAGAAAACGGGGUAACGAAAAACAGAAGUGAUUCAGAAAACACUCUCACUUUAAUCGAAACUGAAAAUACUGUCACUGUAAACAAAACUACGGGCACGCUUUUCGCCACCCCAAAACCAUUUCGCAAAAGAAGACUGCCAGUUGAAAAAGAUACAACACAACAAGAAGCUGUAAAGAUUUUACAAAACAUGUACGAAAAUAGAAAGAGCAGGGAUGAAAGUGACGCAUUUGGAGAGUAUGUCUCUAUGAAACUGAAUCAAAUAAAAAACAGUUAUGCUAGGAAUACUGCUCAACAUCACGUUAACAAUAUUUUGUGCAAUGUAUCAAUAGGACAAUAUGAUUUUCCUACAAACCCAACUGCUAGUAGUUCCUGGGGAUACAACUCUGAACUAAAUCAUCCACUUUUUUGGAAAAUAAUGCUGUCUGUAGUCUCUCAGCUGCAUUUGAAACUAGUUCUUCGGAUAGCUCCAGGGUGCAUACUGCACAUCCUCGUACUAGCGCAAGAACACCGAGUCCGUCUAAUUUAUCGGAAUCAAGCCAAGAUUCGACCCAAUCAUUAA